AUGAACCAAAUCAAAGGCGAGCAGAUUAUCGACUUGGAACAACCUCUUAUCAAGGUUCCUUAUGAACAAUUGAGGAAAUCUGUCAAGCAUUCCAACAAGUACCUUGAAGUGCAAAUCACCAACAUUCUCGACAAGAUCAAUCGCUGCGUGAAGGCUGCAGAGGCAAAUGAGAUAUCACCAGAGAAAGCUACUGAGACUUUGGUCGAGUUAACAGAACAGCUUGAAAACAUGAAGCGUAAGCUCAAAAAGUAUUGGCAAGAGGAGAGCGUGCAUGCGAGACGACUAAAGAAUCGAGUGGUGCAUUUGAACACGAUAUCCGGGGUUACAUCGGUGAAGGCACCAGAGUUUCAGCAAUGGAGCAAAACACGGUUGAAUCGAUUGGUGGUGGAUUAUCUAUUACGAGAAGGUCUUACAGAAACAGCCAAGCUUGUUGCAACCGAAAACGAUGUCGAGGAUAUGGUGGAUGUUUUGCUCUUUACACAAUCAGAAAAGGUCGAGGAAGCGCUGAGAAAUCAUAGCUGCAAAGAGUGUCUGCAAUGGUGUUCAGAAAAUCGCUCGUCUCUCAAAAAGCAAAAUAGCACGCUCGAAUUCAAUUUGCGACUACAAGAAUACAUCGAGUUGGCAAGAGCAGGCAAAGGAAUGGAAGCUAUUGCGUACGCCCAAAAGUACUUGUCGCCAUGGCAACCUACCGAAUUUAAGAGGAUCCAGCAAGCAAUGGCAUUAUUAGUGUUCAGCAGUGAUACGGAAUGUCAGCCCUACAAGGAUCUUUACGACCCAAUACGAUGGAAUGAGUUGAUUGAACAAUUUCGAGCCGACAACUACAAGCUUUGUUCACUUACGUCCCAUCCUCUGUUGUCCAUCACUCUACAAGCUGGUCUUUCAGCAUUAAAGACGCCCCAGUGCUACAACCAUGAAAGUCGCAAUGUUCAUUGUCCCGUAUGUGAUGCUGAUACGUUGGGUAAAUUGGCUGAGACAUUACCAUGGAGUCACCACGUCAAUUCCACCGUUGUAUGCAGAAUCAGUGGCAAAAUCAUGAAUGAAGAUAAUCCACCCUUAUUGCUACCAAAUGGACGAGUCUAUAGCUACGAGUCACUUCAUGAUAUGGCUGCCAAGAAUGAUGGCGUGAUUACUUGUCCAAGGACUGGCGAUGUUUUCCAGAUUGAAGAUACCAGAAAAGUCUUUGUUUCAUAG